AUGUCCGUCCCAUCAUGUAAACAUAUUAUAGGCCGUCCUUCUAGCGGGAGCCCUACGCUGGCUAACUCUUACCCGGCUAUCUACCCACUUCUUCGGUCGAUCCUCCGGUCGAUUUUCGAGUCCUUUGUCUGUCACAUGAUAUCUAUCACUUGGUACGGGUGUCAUUCACCUGUCUCUCCACUCGAACAUGCGGUCGCGACUGGAGGUCCGGCAAGCAAAAAUGUCGAGUACCAUCCCGGAGCGGGGGGUUUUUGUUCAAGCCGCCAGUCCACCAGAGGUCUCCCCUCUGUAUGGCGUCGCGAGUCUCUUCUUCUGCCCUCUGCAGCUGCUCUAUACCCACUUUACCGGCCUGGCGCGCCUCUCAGCCAAUCAGAUCGCUGGAAAUCACCACCAGAGCCCUUUAUCAUCUUGCACGCAGAGGUGAAUGUCGCUUCAUACGCGUACGACUGCGAUAUUACCGAGGCCACUUUUUUUCACGUAUUCGACCAACCAGCUCCCAGGAAAAAAAAGUCGAGUAUACUCUACAUUAUUGUCAAUUGA